UUAAAAAAUUAAUUUAAAGCCAUGCCUCGUGAUCGUAGAAGGAAGUACAGUUCCAGCUCGUCUGAGGACAGUGAAGAAGAGCGUCGCAAAAAGGAAAACAAGGACAUUAAAGACUUUUCGGAGCGAUUAAAGGCGAAAGAUGAAGAAAAAACUCGCAAAGUGGUCACAGCGGGCACAAGUAAAGCCUUCGAAGAAGCUGCGAAACGCUUAAAACUCGAACUAGAUGACAAAGACAAAGUUGUGCCGCAACUUCGAAUCCAAUCACGUCGCGAAUACCUCGCAAAACGCAAAGAAGACAAAGUCCAAGAGCUCGAAGCGGACAUCAUUGACGAUGAAUUUCUGUUUAAAGAGGAAGAACUGACGGCGCGCGAACGCGAAGAACGUGCCCACAAAAAACGUUUGCUCGAAAUCGCGAAAGAGCACGAAAAAGCGCGUGAAUUGGAAAAAGUCCAGCGAUAUCACAUGCCAAAAGACAUCAAAGAUGCCGAUAAAAAUGCCUACAUUGAAGUAGAUGAGACCGAAAAAUUCCCCAAUUCCGAGCAGAAAAAGUGGGAAAGUGAGAAAUUUGCUGCUGCGACUUAUCGAUUCGGAGCAAAAGAUGCCGAUGCGCAACAAGAAUAUGAGUUGCUGUUGGACGACCAGAUUGAGUUUAUAAAUCCGUUGCGAAUGGAAGGCACGGAGAAAAAGGAUAAGGAACCAAAAUUGACGGAAAAGGAGAAGAAAAAGAUGAAUAUCGAAGAAACGAAGAAAUCGCUUCCGAUAUUUCCGUUUAAAGAGGAUCUCAUUGCUGCCAUUAACGAAUAUCAAGUGUUGAUUAUCGAGGGAGAGACGGGAUCGGGCAAGACAACGCAGAUUCCGCAAUAUUUGUAUGAAGCUGGGUUUACUGAGGGUGAUAAAAAGAUCGGUUGCACUCAACCACGUCGUGUCGCCGCAAUGUCCGUGGCAGCGCGUGUCGCCGAAGAAAUGGGCGUCAAACUAGGCAACGAAGUCGGCUAUUCCGUGCGUUUCGAAGAUUGCACCUCAGAACGAACUGUCGUCAAAUACAUGACUGACGGUACUUUGCAUCGUGAAUUCCUCUCGGAACCAGAUUUAGCAUCGUACAGCGUCAUGAUUAUCGACGAGGCUCACGAACGUACCUUGCACACCGACAUCCUGUUUGGACUCGUAAAAGAUAUCGCUCGCUUUCGCAAAGACUUGAAACUGUUAAUUUCCUCUGCGACUCUCGACGCUGCCAAAUUCAGUGGAUUUUUCGAUGAAGCUCCAAUUUUUAGGAUUCCCGGUCGACGAUAUCCCGUCGAUAUUUAUUACACAAAAGCACCGGAGGCGGAUUACAUUGAUGCCUGUGUCGUAUCUGUGUUGCAAAUUCACGCCACGCAACCACUGGGCGAUAUUUUGGUUUUUUUGACGGGACAGGAAGAGAUCGAGACAUGUUUUGAAAUGUUGCAGGACAGAACGAAGAGAUUAGGAUCAAAAAUUAAAGAGCUACUGAUUUUACCGAUUUACGCCAAUUUACCGACUGACAUGCAAGCGAAAAUUUUCGAGCCAACACCGCCCAACGCGAGAAAAGUCAUUUUAGCCACAAAUAUCGCGGAAACGUCGUUAACUAUUGACAACAUUAUUUACGUUAUCGAUCCCGGUUUCGCCAAACAAAAUAAUUUCAACUCACGGACGGGUAUGGAGACGCUCACGGUAGUUCCGAUCAGUAAAGCAUCCGCCAAUCAACGAGCUGGUCGUGCUGGAAGAGUUGCUCCCGGGAAAUGUUUCCGUCUUUACACCGCUUGGGCAUACAAACACGAGCUCGAGGACAAUACAGUGCCGGAAAUUCAACGAAUCAACUUGGGAAAUGCCGUUUUGAUGUUGAAAGCGCUCGGAAUUCACGAUUUGCUUCAUUUUGAAUUUCUGGAUCCGCCGCCGCAAGAAACUCUGGUCAUCGCACUGGAGCAACUUUAUGCCUUGGGCGCGCUAAAUCAUCAUGGCGAACUCACAAUGACUGGCAGGAAGAUGGCAGAAUUCCCGGUGGAUCCAAUGAUGGCGAAAAUGUUGAUCGCAUCGGAAAAAUACAAGUGCGCCCAGGAAAUUGCCACAAUUUCUGCGAUGUUGUCCGUUAAUAGCAGCAUUUUCUAUCGUCCAAAAGAUAAAAUCGUGCAUGCCGAUACAGCUCGGAAAAAUUUCUUUCACAUGCAUGGCGAUCACUUGUCGCUGCUGCAAGUUUACACACAAUGGGCUGACACGGAAUACAGUACGCAAUGGUGCUACGAGAAUUUUAUCCAGUAUCGGAGUAUGAAACGGGCACGCGAUGUGAGAGAUCAGCUCGUGGGACUUCUGGAACGUGUCGAAAUCCCCUUGUUGUCAUCCAUGGAGGAAAUGGUGAACAUCAGAAAAGCAAUUACCGCGGGGUACUUUUAUCACAUUGCAAAGUUGUCAAAAAGUGGGAAUUAUAAGACCGCGAAGAGCAAUCAAACGGUGAUGGUUCAUCCGAAUUCCGCACUUUUUGAACAACUGCCAAGAUGGGUUUUGUAUCACGAGUUGGUCUUUACGACGAAAGAGUACAUGAGACAAGUGCUGGAAAUCGAGAGUAAAUGGCUGUUGGAAGUGGCGCCGCAUUAUUACAAAGAGAAGGAUAUCGAGGACUCGACGAAUAAGGCGAUGCCGAAAGUGGUGGGAAGGAGUAAAAUGACCGUUUAGACAAUUUAAUUUUCGUUAAAGCCGAGUUAAAGCUAAUAAA